AUGGGCAUCUUUGGCCGUCCUGUUACGAUUCAACUGAAGUACGUCUUUCAAGAAUUGUGGCGGCUGCAGUCUGGAUGCGAUGAUGUAACUCCGGACGGUCUUGUCCCCAGACGUAAGGAGUGGUCAAAUGAAACUGCAAAGCUAGGAGAAAUACGACCGCCAAGAUACUACUAUCCAACGGUAGCGUCGUUCGAUAAUGUGGAAUUACACGCUUUCUGUGACACGAGCGAUAAGGCGUUUGCUUGUGUGAUCUACAUAGGUUAUUCUCGAGAAGGUAAGUCACACGUUGAUCUGGUUUACGCUAAAUCAAGGGUAGCGCCCUUAAAGGCAAAAACCGUACCGUGGUUGGAACAGCUAGGAUGCGUUCUGGCCAAAUUAUGCUUGUGCUGCGAUUUUUUCUGGUGUGAUUCGAAGUUCUGCUGGAGUUUGCUGAAUACAAAUCAAAAACUGACGGCAUACGUUGGUGAUCGCGUUAUGCAAAUCAAAGAGAAUGCUCACGGGUUAGAGUUGUGGCCUUGGAUGCUGUCGCAGCUGAACGAGGCCGACUUGGCUACGAAGUGUGCCAAAUUCGGUAGUAUACUAGAAUGUGUUCGUGGUCCGGAUUUCAUUUAUCGUGAUAGUAUCAACUGGCCGAAUUGUGAACCGUUGGAAAUGUUGAAAUGA